AUCGACCUCUAAUUAUAUCGGACACCUAAUAUCAUUCUGACAUUUUGAUAUUUUAGGAUUUUUUAGUUAAAUUUCUUUCCUCUUUCGGAAAAUUGACUCAAAAUGGAAGUAGAGGAAUCACCUUCUCCAAACAUGAUAAAUGACAAGAUGGAUGGUUGUGAUUGGCCCGGACGUUGGAACCAUAUUCAAAAGUUGCUUCUAAGACGAGGGCCUCUUGCGCACUUAGACUUUGAACCAGGACCUCAGGUCCUCCAGUUCAUUCUGGAAUCGGCCAAAGUGCUAGUGAUUGGAGCUGGGGGGCUUGGCUGUGAACUAUUAAAGGACCUGGCUCUUUGUGGCUUUAGGGAUAUACAUGUCAUUGAUAUGGAUACAAUAGAUAUUUCCAAUCUCAACAGACAGUUUUUAUUCAGACCAAAAGACAUUGGCAGACCAAAAGCUGACGUGGCCGCAGAGUUUAUCAACAGCAGAAUAGCAGGUUGCAACGUCACACCACACUUUAGAAAAAUACAAGACUAUGACACUGGCUUCUAUAAAAAUUUCCAUAUUGUUGUCUGUGGUCUGGACUCUAUUUUUGCAAGACGUUGGAUAAAUGGGAUGUUGAUGAGUCUUUUGGAGUAUGAUGAGGAUGGAAAUCUGGACCAGUCCUCACUAAUACCCAUGGUAGAUGGUGGCACAGAAGGAUUCAAGGGUAAUGCGCGUAUAGUAGUUCCAGGGAUAACGGCCUGCAUCGAGUGUACAUUGGACCUCUACCCACCACAGGUUAAUUUUCCGCUGUGUACCAUAGCACACACACCUCGGCUUCCUGAACACUGCAUUGAGUAUGCUAAGGUGCUGUUAUGGCCUCAAGAACAUCCAUUUGGCAGUGAGUUAUAUGGUGUCAGUGUGGAUGGGGAUGACCCGUCCCAUAUACAGUGGAUAUUGGACCGUGCCAAGGAAAGAGCUGAUGAAUACAAUAUAAGGGGAGUCACAUACAGGCUUACACAAGGAGUCGUGAAGCACAUCAUACCAGCGGUAGCUUCUACAAACGCUGUUAUUGCUGCUGCUUGCGCCCUCGAGGUUUUCAAGAUUGCAACAAGUUGCUGCAACCCUAUCAGUAAUUAUGUAGUAUUCAAUGAUACGGAUGGCUUAUACACCUACCCAUUUGAGGCAGAGAAAAAGGAAGACUGCCCUGCUUGUAGCCAGCGACCUCAGUCCCUAACAUUCCAAGAGGAUGCUACGCUUAAGGAUUUAUUUACUUUUCUAUGUGAAGACCCUAAAUACCAGAUGAAACAGCCAGGCCUGACAACAAUGUUCAAUGGGAAGAACAAGACACUGUACAUGCCUUCUGUAAAAUCUAUAGAAGAGAAAACAAGAGUAAAUCUGGCAAAGCAACUAAAAGAUCUGGGGAUCAGUGAUGGGCAUGAGAUUGUUGUUGCUGAUGUAACCACCCCUAAGUCUAUCAUAUGCAGGAUUUACUACUCAUCUAGCAUGGAGUAAAUAAGUAGUGCAAUUUCAGAAGAAGAAUCCAUAAAAGGGCUCACCCAUACAACCUUAAACCUGUAUACUAUUUUUAUGCUUUUCCUUGGAUACACUAAGACUACCUCUGACAGAGACCCAUACACCCCGGCAUCUAUGCUAGGGGUACAAGGCCCCCUUAUGAAAUCCCAUGGCUGUUGUAGACUGGUUGUACAUGUUAAUAAUGAAUUAUAGAACUGUCAUUUGUGUUAUUAAGACACAGACAUUUAUUGUGUUCAUGGUUAGUAACAAUUGUCAAACUUUUUUUGUACAAAGUUAUUGUAGCUUAUUGUUUCCUUGAAUGUAAUGUAUCCUACUGUAUAUACAUUGAAUAAAAUAUAAAGUAAUAACUAGUA